AUGCUUGCUGAACAGUUUGAACAGCUCGUUGCACUCGUUCAGGGUCAGCGUCUCCUGAGCUACCCUGGAUGGAGCAUAGACCUUGCAGCGGUAACCAAACCGAUCUUAGCCCUGCUCGCCUUAGCCUUGAUAAUCGACUAUGGGUAUAUGCUGUAUCUGCAUUUCCAAAUGCCCCCCGGCCCCCUCCCCCUCCCCCUAAUCGGCAACACGCACCUCCUCCCCCCAUCCAAACCCUGGCUCUACUUCGAAUCCCUCGCAAAGCAAUACAACACCCCAAUCCUAACCUUCUGGACCGGCCGCCGCCCCACAAUCUGGCUCUGCGACGCCUGGACUACCCACGCCCUCCUCGACAAACGCGCCGCCCUCUACGCCUCUCGACCGAGGAUGGUCGUCUUCGCCGAACUCGGCGCCGGCCAGUCAAACCUCGUGAACAUGUACUACGGCGAUCGGUGGCGGCUCCACCGAAAGCUCACACACAUGGGCGUGGGUUUACAGCAAGUGCGCAAGUAUCGCGGGUUCCAGAACGACGAGAGCAGACUCGUUGCGUAUGAUUUGCUUAAACAGCCGAAAGAGUAUGUAAGGCAUUUCGAGCGGUACGCGACCAGUGUGGUAUCCAUUAUUGGAUUCGGCAGGAGAGUGAAGAGUUAUAUGGAUCCGAUUGUUACGGAGGUUAUUGCUGUUAUGCAGCGCGCUGCGGAGCUGAAUGUGCCCGGGAAGGGCGCGCCGAUGGUUAUGGAGAGUUUUCCCAUCCUUGCCAAAUUCCCGAAUUGUAUCGCCCCCUGGAAACAAGGACUAGGGGGUGGUCAAGGACGGGGACGACCAUUCUUCUACGCUCUGGCUGAAGAAGCAGCAAAUGCAGAGAAAGACUCGAAUACAGCAAAACAGAAACAAGACGAACCAUGCUACGCGCAGCGCAUCUUCGAUGAAGCACCCAAAUACAACCUCUCCAAGAUGGAAAUCUCCUCUCUCUCGGGAAAUUUGUUUGGGGCAGGGAGCGAUACAUCCAGUUCGACGCUUGUGACGUUUGCGCUGGCGUGCUGUGCGUUUCCAGAGACGUUGUCUAGGGCAUGGGAGGAGCUUGACCGUGUUGUUGGGCCGCAUCGGAGCCCGGCGUUUGAGGACGAGGCUGAGCUUGUUUAUGUCAAGGCGUUUGUGAAGGAGGUUCUUCGGUGGAGGUCUGUUGCUAUCAUUGGGGGCCAGCCGCAUGCGCCGAUUCAGGAUGAUGUAUACAAGGGAUACCUAAUCCCAAAAGGAACAUGGGUGCAAGGGAAUGUUUGGGCAAUCCACCACAACGAGCGUGAAUUCCCUGAUCCAGACCGGUUUAAGCCAGAUCGGUAUAUGCCAGGAAGCCCAGAUUCACGGCCCUUCCCCGGAGAGAAGGGAUAUAUGACGUUUGGAUGGGGACGGCGCGUGUGCAGUGGACAGGGUCUAGCGGAGCAGGGCACCUUCAUCACGAUAGCACGGUUACUGUGGGGGUUUAAGAUUGAGAAGGCGAGGGAUGAGAAGGGGAAUGAGAUUACGGUUGAUAUCUUCGAUUAUACGAACGGACUUAACAUGCGCCCUAAUCCGUUCGAAUGCAGUAUUACGCCUCGCAGUGAAGAGAUUCGUGCAACAAUUGAGCGGGAGGGAGAGCAGGCUUUACACGAUCUGGCGAGGUAUGAUGGCGAGUCGAAGUACCGGAUGAGUACAUACUAUGCGCAGGAGAAUUUGUAG